AUGAGGUCACCUUUGCCCGAUACUGUUGAAUUUAAGGAUGCUAUACCCCUCAGUACGGUUUGCCCAGAGCUCGAGGCCCUCAGAGUUGCGAACGAUAACCCUGAUAUUGUGAUUACUGUAAGACUACUUUUCUGUCUUCUAACUUUAUGGUAAUAUAGGUGCAGGACGAGGAAACAGUAAAUGCUCACCGUCACAUUCUCUCAGCCCGUGUACCACACCUAAAAGAGAGUCUCAAUGGUCCUCCAACAGAAGCCAAUACACGUCUUUCAUGGCCAACCUACUCUCAUCAGUAGGUCUACGUAGCACAUUCAACUUGCUAACCCCAAUAUGUUUUUUCAGAACAGUUGAAACGGUCAUAUCUUACAUUUACACUGGGCAAAUUACCCUCACUGUAACAAAUGUCCGGCAGGUUUACGCCUUAGCUAAGAGCCUACGGCUUGAUCGAUUAGAAGAAUGGUGUCAUGGUUUCAUUAUCGAACGGUAAGUAAAAACUGGUUUAUGCUGACAAUCACUGACAUUUUGCGUGAAUUAACGACGACUUUAUAUUUUUGAAAAUAUACCAAAACCCUUAAAUCAUUAGCCAACUUUGUAAACGUAUUUAUGUGAGCAGACGGAUUAAAAGCAAAAUCAGUGAGGCAAAAAGUGGCCUUGAAUAUGCAUGAUAAAGGGCUUGUAAUAAUGUAGACCGGGUGUUAACGAACAGAAGAUCAUUACACCAACGUUGGAAGGGUCCAUAUACGUUCUCAGCACAAGACGAAAUUUUCUUAUAAACCUUGAUAGUUGUCACACAAAUAUCAAAUCAAUCUAGUCCUUCAAACGUUCCUUCUGGUCAAUUUAUCCAAAACUAGUAUGCAAAUUGAAAAUACCGAAACCUUGUCAUAAUUAUCUUCAGUUAUCACCUUUGUCUGCUCCAGCUUUGUUGUCGUAAGUCCGACUUUUCUAGAAAGGCGACAAUUUGUCCUCAAAGCUGGGCAGUGUGCCAAUGUAAACUCGCAUGCGAAAUUAUUAGGGAAAGCCAGACUUGGUUGCACUUUUGGGUCGCUUCACACCCGACAAAUGUUAAGCUAUUAUGUGAAGGGGAUUUUAACCCUACAUUUUAAGUUUCAGUAGCCCAGAAAUGGGACGUUCGAUUCGGUAUUGAGUUUGAAAACUUAUGAAGAAAAUAAACGGCGGUUGUCAUAAAUACCUCAGAUUAUCUAGUACGAUGGAAACACUAACAUAUUUAACUCUUCAUUUUUACCUCCAUUUUUCUCCCAGUCUCAGUAUAAGCAACAUAGCAGACAUCUGGUUUUUGGCGAGCGCAACGGAAGACAACGUCUUCAAGGUGCCCUGUCUGGAACUUAUCAAGCGUCACUUCGAAGAGUUUGUCAGUCUUCCGGUUUUCAUGAAAAUGGACUACAAUACCUUCUUCUCCCUGAUUGAGAGCGAUGACCUCUGCGUUAGCAAUGAAGAGAAGGUUGUGGAUGCCAUAACAAAAUGGAUUAGUGGUGACAGUGGUGGUGAAGCUCCACCAAGUGAACGCAUGUCAAGACUGGUUGAUUUUAUGACCAGGAUUCGCUGGGGAUACACGUCAAAAGAGUUCCGACUAGAGGCCAUGAGCAGUCACCAAUUGAUCAGCAACAAUAUCCAGUGUCUGUACGUUCAUUUGUCUAUUCUCAGUUUGUUCGUUUUCUUUGAAUCAGUUGAACUGGAGAUUAUUACGAGAUAACAUAAUUUCCUGAUUCUAGAGGCUUGAGACAUACCUAUUUGCCCAAAUGAUCAGGUCUUCCUUUCCGGCUAUAGAAAACCGGGGGACUCGACAGAAAUCUCCAGUUACGCUUCUUACUCGAAUGCCUCCUCUUACAGAGAAGUAGACUGUUAAGGAAAAGGAUAAGAAACUUGGAUAUAUCUGGGUGGGGGUUUGGCAGCUAACCGAGACCUACUAGCGCGUCUCUCUCCUGUGAUGGAUGUGGUCAUUGCGCAGUCCAAGAGGUAGCUCACCCCGUUGUUUGUUUUCGGGAGGACUGGGAUAAACUAGGUCACCUGUCAAAAAACCAGUCCCCAGCCCUGCAACCUGUCCCCGUUAACACCAUGUUCAAACGGCGAGGCCCACAGCUAGCAUUUCAACAGGCGGCCAUGUCCAUCCUAGACCUUCUGAAAACAGAUAACGACAAGCAGUUUGUUUAUGCUGCCGUUUCUACAGCUGGACCUACGCAGGAGCAUAUCUAAACUAUCUGCAUUGGAAAAUUUGCAGUAUUGUUAAUCAGGUGGGGUAACAAUUAAAGAUGAAGGAUCUCCCGAAUUAGACCAUGGCCUCCCGCCCCUCAUAGCCCAGUCGUUGGGAGGGAAACAGAUGCCAGCAGGGUUUUUCACAAUUUCCCGUUUAAAUUUAGGAGUCGUAUUGGCAAAGGUAAAUGAUCUGUGUUAAUGAUGUGGGAGAUGAUUUGAGCCAUCUUAUCUCGCAAAGUUAUGACUUUUUCAUAAUGCCUAGUGUAUGACGAAGGCGGUAUAUAUGACAUAAUAAAAUUGAAACAGUCGGUAGAAUGCUGUCUGAACCGUAAUUCCAUUAAGAUGUCUGCCAACUGCUGUCAAGCUGCAAAUGUCCUCUACCGUUACUGUUACUACCUAGCUGUUAAAAGUAUUUGUUUAUGUAAAUGGGACCAUGAUAUGUGAGCUCUGUCGCAAACCAACUGCUGGGCGUUGACCACGCUGUUCAUCCAAGGUUGGCAUCUAACAUUCAUUUUCUUGCAAUGGUGGCACGGCUUGCACGUCACUAAGAGGACCAUGGCAAUGUGACAGAGGAAACCUGAGAUGUGCAUUCAUCCCGACCACGCAGUUGCCGUUUUUAGACCCAUCAACAACAUGACAUGUUCACUGACUAGUGCUCCGUAGUGUUUGCACACCACACCCAACUGAUACACUGCUGGUAUCACCUUUCGCAUCGAUCGUUGUAAAAAACAGGCAAAGGUCAAUGGCAGUUGAAUGAGAGACCACUGCAUUUGAUGGCUUCCUUAAAUGCUAGCUCCUUCUAAAUUUUUUUGCAGCGUGCAUUUCCUGCGGACAUUGCUUUGACUUUCAGAUGUUGCCUGGUAGUUUCUGCGCAAUAUUCACAGAAAAUAUUUAGCUCAUACCAGUAGAAAAAAAUGAAACAUUUGCAAAAUUAACGACUUUAUCUGCUAGUAAAAAGUUCGACUUUUUUGACGACACGGUAGCUAAAUAGACCUGGGGCAUUUUCAUCGUAUUUCUCCCAUUGUAGUUAAGCGUAAGGUGCCAGUAACCCUAAGGAUCUUACAAGAGAUCAAGUGUAUAUUUCGGAAGUAGUCUUCACGGACAUCAGGCAGGCCUAGAGUUAGUGACAUAAUUCAUGAAAUUUGUCGAAAUUAACGAAUGAUUGCCAAUCACUCGCAAAUCGACACCAUUUCAUGAGUUCGAUUCCUAUGUUAAUUAAGCACAAAAUUAAAAGAAUUAAAAACAUAAAAGAAACAUUAAGGGCAGUGUUUCGUUGUUUAGAAAUGCUGAUUUAUUUUAAAAAGCGCAAUAUUCCGAAAAGUCAGAAAUGGCUUUAUUUAAGUAAAAUUCGUUUUUAGGUAUAUAGAAUGUAUUCUCAUACCAAGAACGUAGUAAAUAUGAAUGUAGACAUAAAAUAACGUCUAAUAACAGUGUUUUAGUGAAGUUUUGAUGUAAAUAUCGUUUAAUAAGUAGUGUGAGUUCAUACAUGGCGGUUUGUCAACUGCCUACAUUCUGAGUGUAGAGUACAAAACAGUUUUCCAGUGAUUCCUGUUUUUUUAUUUGUUUGAAGUGAAUAAGAUAGGGUUCAACAAGAGAAGCUGGAUUUUGCUUGAGUUCACCGACGGGGACGUUGUAUGAUGGAGCGUUUUCAUAAGAUGACAUGCCAUGAGGCCCGUCGGUGCCUGAUAAAUUUAAAAAAACUGACAGGCGUGAUCGUAAACAUACCAUUUUAUGUUUAUGGAGCGAACAUUUCUUCCGUUUAAUUAAUUUACACUUCUCGUUUGUGUUGCAUUACGUUGACUUUGAGAUUGACCUCGAAACUUUGCUGAAUACUUCAUGAUUUUAAGGGUUCUCACCCGAUCUUCCAUUAAGACAGAUUCUUAAUUACCUGUAUGUUGAGAACUUUAAAAUAAGGUUAUUCGUGAAGGCAUUUACCGAAUUAGUGAGUGUUUGGGCGCUUCUUCUCACGAAGAUGGUUGUUUGGGUCAAAUAUGAAGACUCAUUCCAACAUCAAACUUCAUUUUCGAGAAAAAUGUCUGUCCACAAUGAAAGUCAGCAACGAAUUUCUUCGAUCAGUAAAAAAACUUUUCUCAGUAAGUUACCUCUGAUUAACAUCGGACAGAAAAUAAAUUUUCAUGUUUGGCUAAACCUGUUUAUUAAAACUCUUGCGGGCAACUUACUAUCCUUACAGUAAAAAAGUCCCUCAGGUGCGUAACCGGAGUCUAGGACAUGUAUUAGCAAGGCAAAUUGCACGAAUAUCAUUCUACGUCCAUUUUCGCUAAAAUUUACUGAUAUUUUACUUGAUAUAAUUACGUAAACAAAAUUUCUGCCCAAGAAAAUGACAUUUUAUUGAAAGAAGUGGAUGAGCGAACAAAGUCCUCAACGUUAAAGUCGUCCAGAAAUUCUCUUAUCAGUUUCGGUUAUUAGAUUUCAUGAGACAGGUCACGUUUUGUAUGUCGACCCAGUCGCAGGCAACAAGGGUAGAGUCUCGAUGACCGACGGAACAGGGCAAAAAGGUAAAUUAACCAAGCACUUUUUGGUCGACAAUUCUGUCACGUAAAAAUCAUUCACAUUUGAACGCGUUCUUCAGUCUAAAUGAUGGGGCUUAAGUAGAAGUCGGAAACAACAAACUAAGCUGUAAUAUGUGAUAAUGCUAUGGAAAACACGAUGAACUAGACCUUGAUUAUUUUUUACAAAAAAACAAAUUUUGGACGACCACUAUACUGUCUACACGACAGUCGUGGACGCCGGUGUACACCAUGUGUCCAGCAGCAGGAUUGUUUCACGAAAAGUGACUUUCGCGCGAACUAGGCCUGCGCUGCACUCUCCUUUCCGUCAUCCACCUGAACCCGGUGUCAAGACAGAGUUAAGAAGACCGAAGGUAGGAUUGGGUACAGUGCUGACAGACCUGCACGGCUCAUCUACGCGUACCACACACGCCUGGGCAGCGCAAGUUUGACCAGGUUUUCACCAAGACAACAAGCGGGACGGCUCAAGUCCCAAAGGAUUGGAGAUUCCAUUGAGACCACAUCUGACCCUGUGUCCCAAGAGGUCCGAGUUGCCCCUUCAUUUGGCAGUCUUCCAAGCCAUGGCGUUUACAGGACCGAGAUUAUUUUAAGACGGAUUAGGCCGUUUAGUGGAUGUCGUGGACAGGAUUUCCCAGGGUCAAUAACACUCUGUCUUCCGCCUUACAGGCGCCUGUCUACUGUGCGAGCCGGUCAACCCUCUGACUCAGGGAUUAGACGCAGUAGGCCCUCGCGGUAUGAGCCUGCACCUGGACGUGCUGCCUCAUCCCAUUUGUGGUCUUUUUAUGCGUGCACAGUCUACAUGACGCGUGGCGUACCCUGAUCUGACUCCGUAUUGGUCCAACAGAGCUCCGAAAUGGUUUCUUGAAGGGCCUGCAUUUAAAAGCUCAGAUAUGUGUGUUUAGCCAAUUUUUUGUCACUGAAUGACGCACUUCUGAGGGGUCUGGCUCAUCAGUGAGUCCCCCGGCAUUCCCUGUGUGCUUUCUGUUGCACACUCCAGGUUCUCCUGUGAAGCUUUUCUAUGUCCCCGCAGGUUACUGCGUUAACCUGAAGUAAGCCCUUGGGGGGGAACUGUUUCAGGCGUUGCCAGAAAGUUGGUGUGAAUAAAUGAAUCGAAAUCCAUUAGAAAUGAGGUGCAUCUUCGGAACCAGCAGUACAUCUCGAAUCCGUGUGGAAGUUCUUAACCCGAGACCACCGAAUCAAAGUAACAAGUAAGGGGUUUUUAAGGUCGCUUAAAACAAGGGCUGUUUAUGUUGUUGACUCAAAACUGCGCCGUUUCGUCUGACCCUGAGCACGUAGCGCGCAAUACGCAGGACGUAGGCGGGUAUUUCCGUACAUAGAUUAUCAGGGCCCGAGCAACUUAAGACCUGUCUUGUUUUCGACCCAAGUCCAGGAAAUUGAAUCCACGUUCUGUUUCUUGAGUGCGUUUAGUCGUUGGAAGCAGAUGGUCUCGCCCACUCGUGGCCAGUUUGUACUCGUGAGUUCGGUUGAACCGAUUAAAUGCACGGUAACUUGGGACAAGAGGUCUGCUAGAUGAAAUAAGACUGAAAUGAUUGUAUUUUGAAAUAUAUUUACUAAUUUUAAGGUUAACAAAUUUUCAAUGUCUUAACACAUCUGCCGUAAAAUUCCGACAUAUGUAGACAAGAAAAUAUGCACACCGAAAGGUGUCGUCUUGGCUGCGUAAUUAAAACUGAAUCAUGAGUCUUUCAGUUGACGACGGAACUGGAGUCUGUUUGGUCGCCAUGUCAGCCCUUUAAUCAUCGCAGCAACGGUUCACGAUUUGUUUAGGCCCCCUUCACGAAUUUUGAUGAUUGCCCACUUUGAUAGGCCCUUGGGUUGGUAUCUUUGCGUGGUCACUUUCUUGCCAGAUGCGCCGGUUUCUGGAUUAACUAGCCAGUGCAGUCUAAAACAUGCGUAACUCCAGCUCGGUACACGCCAUCACUGAGGAAACAUGACGCUUUAUGUCUCUGCUCUAGACACUUGGGCCAUGCAGCCCGGAGGGCCGUGUCGUAGAUAAUAGUAUCUCCUCCUCCUCUGCAUAAAUGUCCGUGCUUGGAACAAACGUUUACGUGAACCGGGUUUUGCAGUCGGGAGUUUUCCUAUGCUCCACGUAGGAACUGGUGACUUUGAGUGGUAGGAUUGGAAGUCAUUGCUUUUCCGAGGUUUUCUCGCACAAUAACUGUCGACUAGUAUUCCUCUGUACUCCGUGGAUAAUUUUGCAUGGCAAAUCUGGCUCUGAUACUAGACCUUAGGGGAACCCACUUUUAAUCUAUCCUGGGUGAAGUCUUUUAAGUGACAGUUGACCACGUAGCUUGUUCUCGCGCAUCAGUCCUGACUGGUUCUGUUGAAACAAAGGGUAUGAACGACCUGAAUUUAAUUUCGCGUACCAGUUCCUGGGUUGUCUAUUUCGGAAUGGCCCCCUGAAAAACAAGUCGCGGAUAUGUGAUGCGUGACUGACUCGAACUUUGACGAUAGCCAUCGACGAGUACGACAGCCAGCUGUCACCUUUGCGUGCAGACUUGGCAGAUGGAAGAAUGAUAAUGUUGUGCAGGCAAGUUCUUACCAUCUCUGUGGAUUUUUUGAGGGCCACAUUUUCAAAUGUUAUCUAUUAACUACGCUUAUAGUCAUUUUAUUUCCUUUAUUCAACAUUCUUUUAUGAUUGGCAUUUGAUACUUAGAUCCCAUCAAAGUCUGCCUAGAAUAUUAAAACAUUUUCGGAAGAUGCGAGAGGCAAGAUUACCACGCAAAACUUUGACGAAAGGAAAUAAUGGGAGUCUCAUUUUCUGUCUAACGUUAUCCUUCGAAUAAAAAUAACUGGAAAAUUUUUAGACCAACAGGUAAAUAUAUUUACCAAGUCGAAUAAGACAAAAUUUCGGCAACUAUAUCAAGCAAAUUGACAGCAGAAGGAUUUCGUGAAGUCAUUUGCACAUUUAGCCUGAACAAUUCAAUUAAUCUUCAUCUUCUUGCCUGUGUAGGGGUGCCCGUUCACAACGUCACAUUUUUAUCACCUUUUAGGCAAAAACUUGGUCAAAUAGAACAUUGGUUAACACGACUUCAGAACGGUGGUAGCGACAACUGCCCUUUCGACCAGAAUCCGAGGAUUUACUCAGAAAUGGACUUCCUGGUAUUCGGGAAGGGAAGGCACAAUGAUGAAGACGAGGGAGUGGUCGAAGCCUACUGCUUACAGAACCACGAUAGUCGUGUUAUAGGACAUAUUUUGAAACGAAAGGCCUGUGCUGUAGUUGGCAUUCAAGGUAAGUCAAAUUUAUCAAGUAUCGCCAAUAGAAGUGCAGAUCACAUUUAUGCCGAGAUGAUUGGAGGCCUGCUGAUUUAGCUGUUUUGAAAAUGUUUACGAAAGCGUUGGUAAAUUUGUUUGAGGGUAGGCACCUUCUCCGCUCUUAAGAUUUAUUGUCUGAUAUUUAUUAUAGCGUUCUGUUACAGUAGGCUAUAGGAAAUAAACCGACUCACAGUUAGAAAAAUGCAAAGCAAGACUCCGUCAGCUACUGCAUUCCAGUCAGUUAGCGUUACUUAGGCAAUGGCAUGAGAAAAAACUUUCGCAUAAGUGCAGUGCGUCCCAAGUUCCUCACCCUGGUCAACAGGAUCUGCGGUUGAAACCAGGUCUCAAAGUAGACCAAUAUCGUGACCAACACUGCAACAUGACUUUUUCGAUGCUCGAUAGCAGCCGAAGUGGGUGGAGUUUAUGACCCAAUGGGCUUAAGCCCGUUGAUCAGUUGAUCCUGGAAGGUCCAUUUCAAACCCUAUUCUGUCUGUCAGUAACAUCUCCUGAUUGCGUACUGGUCAUACGUAUAUGGGACGGUUCUAUAUUGGAGCUCCAAAGCCGGACGAAACGCUCGUAUUCAGUCCUGUACUCAUGCCAUGCCUCCAACGCAACUUUCGUGCAACAGUUACGACUUUCAAAUGAACGGGGUCAUCUGUGGACGUGAUUUCGUCAGUCCUAGUUCACCUUAAAAGUGUGACCAAGGGUAGACACUCGAAAACGUAGCACUUGCAUGUGCGGGAGCAUGAAGCGUUUGCUAAGACGAACCUGGGCAUCAUACGGCAAGAGCCAUCAGUUAUUGAUAAAAGGCAACCCCAUGUUCUUCGUGAGCAGAAGACAACACUAUCAUCGACUGGAUAUCAUGCCAUGGACAAAGGGUAUGUCUGGUUUAACUACGAUUAUAAAAAUUACUAGGUCGUAAAGUGUUUCUUUCAAACUAUCUUGACGACACAUUGUUAGGUAAAAGGCUUAAUUGCUGGAAUAUAAGUUGCCAUUUCCUCCAGCUCCUCGGUUCAGUCAGGCUGUAUCCCAAGCCGUUGCGGUUUUAAGAGCCCUUGAGAAAUUUCUGCGUUUUCAUCUAUGCAUAUCCUGAAACGUUGGGAACUGCCACUUUGCGAUUUUGCAUAAAUCCUUUCUUGGGAAAUCUUUUCAAUGUAAUAGGCUUCUGCACUUUCUUUGUUCUUGCAAAUGUCAGCCAUCCGUUAGGAAUUCGUUUUGAAGGGCUUAAAACCCCUCUUGAGUAGAUACAUGUAGAAUUCUCAGAAAUUACCGUCACAUGGUAUGCGAAGCCAGGUAUGCGAAGCAGAGACUUAAGGAUUGGCUAUUGUUUGUAGGUCACAGACCUGAUGACAGUCUUGGAUAGCACAAUAGAACCACACUCUGUAUGUCCAAAUUAUCAAUACUGGACAUAUAUGAUUUCCGUGAACUUGACGUCCAUCUACCUCACUGGGUUGACAGAUCAAAAUAGCCUCCUUCUCAGGUGCCAUAGGCCGCGAAAAUGGUGCUAUCUUCCAUCCACAGAGGGAUUAUUUACCCAGCUUCAGAAGAGGAAGAGUCAAAGACAUCGAGAACUGAGACAACCGUUGUCUCGGGAUUGUUCGCUGAUUUCAGAAGCCAGUAACCACAAGGCAUAGCAUGCACUAGUGGGCACCAAAGCGUGACGCGUUAAUGAGGAGCUGCUUUUAGUAUAAGAAGUCGGUAAACGAGAUAUCCUUUGCCAGUAUUCUGAUGUUGAGAAAUCUUCGAAGUGCAAAUUGCCGUAUGGGAUCUGGUUGGGGUAUCACUUGACUGUCCGAGUUGUCUGGAGAUGACAUUUAGGGCCUUAUGUUAAUUAGGCUCAUGUCUGUAUUUCUAUGCUUAUGAAAGUUCUUGAGGACACAGUAUUCGCAUAUUCCGUUCCAAAAUACUCAUCACAGCGAACGCGACCUGCUUUUUAGAAAUUUACUCCUCCUUUCUUACGAAUUUUCAUUAAGCAUACCUGGUUUUAUAAAUAACUAGGUCGCUUGUCCUAUUCAGAACUAAAUGUCCUAAGACAGAACUGGUUCAGGAGGUUUAAACGGAGACGAAGGUUUUGGGAUGACAACUAUCCUAAAUAGGCGCCGGAUGGGUAUCCCGUAAAUGUCACUGCUCUCGCUAAGGCCAUCGAAGUUCCUUCGUCUACUCAUUCUCUCGAAGAAGCACAUUAUCAGUGGAGCAAAUAAAACUAGUAAACAGAAGACAAUUCAUCAAAAUGACUCUUUCCGAGAUGCUCCUCUGGUCGAGCACUGACAUCGACAGAUUCAAGAGGGACCUAGAUGCUCCUUACUGGCGUAUUCGGCCCCUUCAACCGGUCGUAUACAAAACCAAGACAGCGACAUAGAGGGUUCGAAAGUGUGUCGUUCAGCCGUUAGGUUACUGUGUAUGCGCGUUCCUCAAUUUUUUAAACAAUGAAAAGAGGGUAACUAUAUCGAAAAACGCAAAAAAUGAAAGGGAAAUUUUGCAGGUAUGUUGUACUUUCAUUGGCUAUCAGGAACUGUGCUGUUUCAUCUUCGAAGUGACGUGUUUGGAACUUCGUUCGUAUUCAAUUCACCGACCAUGACCGUCAAGUACGUUUUGCUUUCCUCUCCCCGUGGCAACAUCCCUCCUUUGCGUUCAUAGUCAUCCGUGAUGGCGCAGGCAUGGCUGCCAUGGUAUCGUCACUGUGGUGGUGAGAAACUCACGCCUGUCGAUGCAUUUACCAGCUAGUUUCGAGAUUCAGACUGAAGUCGUCGACGGAAUUAGGCUUCUGUUCUAGGCCUUUGACUCAUAUGGGUGGUUAGAUAGUUCGAAAACGAGCAAAAACGACCAGUUUAGAUCUUUCUCUGCCAGAAUAAUCAUGCUGUUCUUGAUUUUGAAAUGUGGAAAUUUUUAGUCGUUGGAUUUAUUAGCACGCAAAACAACUUCCCUCACCGUUGCCAGUAAAGUGCUCUGCGUGUAUGCUAACUUCAAAAAAUCGAGCUAGGGGACUUAGUCUGAACAAACAGUCGGAAUGGUCAGUCAUUGUUUGUGAGAACGAGCUAUCAAAACUCAGAUUUAUGUUAGUUUCAAAGGCUUUUUUGAUCCGAUGGCGUGGCUUUUAAUCACUAUUCCGAAUUAGGUGAAAAAAAUACUGCCUCCCUAGCGGUUUUGCUUAUUAAAUUCAAAGUUGUUGGUUGCCAUGUGUGCUAUAGACGAUUUCAUAUGUCAAACUUUGUGCGGUAAACGGCCAGUUAAAAGUAUUUGCAACACGUUGUCUAAAUGAAGAAUUUAAUUGCGUUUGCGAAAAUUUUAUUAACUUUGUAUACUUUUUAGGCAUUUCCAAAUUUGCAUUGUUUAUGUCGCGCUCAUCCCAAUGCAAACCUUUUGAAUGUGUAUUAGAAACACAAGCUAACAAACCCCCUGUACAAAAACCUUAUUUUUGAGACACUAAAACACACUCCGGGUGCUGUGUUAAUCCUUAUUAUUUUUCCGCCUAUUCUGAUCUUCUUUUCUUUUGCUUUCCACAUGCUUUGUCAGGCAUGCUUUGUGCGGUCGGAGGAAAGGUUCGAGGCUGCGUAAGCGCAAGCGCAGAGAUCUUUGAUCCGAAAACGCGGCGGAACUGGCCAAUAACGGAAAUGAGGACGGCGAGAUAUGGCCACGGAGCUGUCGCAAUAGGUGGUGACAUCAUUGUCUGUGGCGGUAAAACUGAUGAUUGUUGGCUUAAUACAUGCGAAGCAUUCUCCCAAACGGGAAGAAGGUUAGGACUUGCAUAAUUUAUAGCAUCGAGUCAGGGCUAUUGCCUAUAAGUCAUAGUUUUUAUUUUGUCGUUCUUUUUCGAAUUCAGUAGAAGAAACCAGUGCUUUGAGUUACUUCGGUGUAAAACACUUUUGGGUUUCAGAGAUAAAUUACCAAUGACUGCCGUUUUCAAAAAUCACGUGCCUAAAUAGUCGCAGAAUAGAAAUGAGCUGAGACCACAAUAGCAGUUUCGGUAAUGCGAAGCAAGGGCAUUUUCAAAAUCAUAAUGAGAGCACAUUUUAACCGCCUUCACAUCCAAUGUUUUCUUAUGUUAGUUUCAGUGCACUUGCAAAAAAGUGUUUUCUUUUCAAUAUUUAGACUAAGUUAAAUUGGUUCUGCGAAACGUACAUGACUUAAAUGGACCAUAUAUCCUAAACAACAGGAUGCCAAGGUGCUGUUAUUUUAAAAAUCAAAAUGUGCAUAAGUUUGCCGAGUGUAGAUCGGAGUUACAAGUAGCGCGGCUAAUGGUGACUGAGGAAAAGAAGCGAUCUCAGUUACAUUUUCUUUGUCCUGGCAUUUCAGUAAUAAGCAGAGUUUAAUUAAUUAUGCUUGUGCUGAUAUCACGCCUUGGCCUUGAGUUUGGCGAUGGGUCCUCUGACAGGCCAUUCUCGCUGAGAUCCCUUAUUAUGGUCCGAAGGCUGGAGGGCUCCUGUUCUGUGCUCCCCCCAUCCCCGCUGAGACUAUCCACCUCAGGCCGGUGAAUCAGGCAACUAAGGCACCCGCUACUACCCGCAUUUAUUGGGUGUCUUGGUAUUGCCGUCCGCGUCCGCGUGUUACGGCACUGUUCUCAGAACCUGCAACACCCCAGGGAUGAUAAGGUCGGUUGCCUGAUGUCGCACCAGUGCGUCGGACUUCGGAAAACUCCCCGGCCAUGUGGUCCCGUGAUUGGCCCCCUUGGAGGCAAGGAUACGUCUGGGUACUGCACAGUACACCGAUACCAGACACCACCGUGUACUUUCUGUACCACUCGAGCGUGUAACCAGUGUCUAUCGAAAUCGCCUAUUUUACUGAGACUGUUAGUAUUGUGACCGAUUCGCAAGACCGCUAACAACAAUCUACGGCUUGUGGUGGCUCUAAGAUUCCAUGAGUUCGACUUGAGUCGGCCUCUGGUCUUUAGAUAACACUCAAUACUUGUAGUUGUAGACAACAAACGGCUGCAUAAAACAGGUUUUCAGGAAACGCUUUGCUGCUUUCUCCGUAGUGUAUCUUGAAGUUAUCUUAAACAGUCUUUCGCGUUCUACUAUUUUGUUCAGGCAUCAGUCAGCCGUAAACAGGCGUCUGUAGUACUAACAUGCAGUUACAUCGUCCUUCCCUCAGCGCGCCACCGCAUGCCUUCACUCUCACGCUAAGGACCUAGGUAUGUCUGAGGGCGUAUAAGGGCAUCUUGUACUUGGUUGAUUCACUUGUCUCCCUAUAUAAUUCUGUAAGUAGAGCCUGGUAUUUCGAUGUUACUUAGGCACCCAGAGACAGAGACCGGUUGCAGUAAUACAUCUACAUCUCCAAGCCAUCUCCAAAAGGAUGAAAAUUGGAGCAUUUUUAAUUCUGGGUCUAUUUAUCCUCUGAUAGUGGUGACAGUUUUGCCUAGACUUCAAGUAAAGAGACAAUGAACGUCACUGCUUCAAUACUAGAUGUCAGUAAUCCCACCGAACAAGCUUUGUCUUGCUUCUAUGUCUCAAUGAGCGCGAGGUGCGCCGUUAAAACAAACGGCUCGAGUAAAUAGGCACUCAGUACAUUGUAGAUCCGGUCAUGUUCGUUUGCCAGCAGUUACCUCCCGCGUUAAAGCCUAAAUUUGAUAGGUCAACAGAAAAAACCGAUACUGCAUUAUAUGGCAUCUCGACUUCGUCUCCGUAAAUUUGCGUAGUGCCAUACUGGAGUCCAGCUUUAGGACAUUUAUUCAUUCCUAUGGGUAAAUAUGAGUGUGCUGCGUCAUGAGUCAAUGUGUCGGCUAAAAACACCGACAUUUUUACUUCAGACGCGCUAUAGAAUUCCCUCAUAGGGUAACAUAUGUCGGCUUAGUGGUCUGCUGAGUUGCGAUAUCCGAUUAUUUAUCGACCCUCGGUAUCAUACGUGCAAGCCUGCCGACCCUGUAGUGAAAUGUUUGUCUUCUGAAUGUACUCCGCGAUGUAGAGCUUGCAUAGGAGAUUGUCGUCCAGGCUUGUUUACUUUUAGUGAUGUAAACUAGUGUAGACAGAACGCGAAGGCUGGUAGCAGCGCGGCUGCGCUCAGUGCCUGUGCAAGUGCAGUGAAAGCUUUACUGCAAAGAACGGAGUUAACGCCUCCCCAGGCUGGCCCACCGAUGCGAAGCAGGGUCGGAAAGCCACGCUGGAGAACGGAAGGCGUGCACCAUCAUAAUACCAAUAAUUUUUCUGUUUUUAGCAGUAAAACUGUAUCCAUAUUUGUGAAGGAGGCAAUGCCUGGCCUGGAAAAAGUCAGACGACAUAAAAAAAUUAUACCUUUUGUUCCGCUAUGUUUGGCAGGAGCGUUCGCUUUGUGAUACUGGAAUGGUUAAAAGUAAACCGUUUGUUUCUCUUCUGCAUUUGAGACGCGUCAGUUCAGAUGCUGAUACACGACAUGCCCUUUAAUAGAGAAAGACUAUCGGAUUCAAAAAUUAAAAAGAAGACGAGGGAAAGACAGCAAGGUAGGGACGAAAUGUGGUAGGCACAUCAAACAAACUUCUAGCGUUCAUUAUGUAGUUCGGAUCUGUAAAACGUGGGCCAAAUGAGUCCAUUUGACCCUUGUUAAUGCUUAUGUUUCCGUUUAACCUCUUGUGCAGUGGGUGUCUCGUAGAGGAUUUGGCAAAAACAAACAAGGAUUAGAUGGACUUGGCGAUGAGUCCACAAAACGAUGCUGGUUGCAGUUUUGUCAUUCCUUCACCAAAAUCCACGCGGUCACCUAGCAAUCAAUGAUGUCAUUUGCAGCCGUCUGCAAUAUCUGAAGCAAUCAAUUGCAAUUGCUCACAAACCGAUUUAUUGGUGUAGGUGGGCAUAUUGCAACAGAAUGUUGAAAUCAUUGUACACCAGAGUGUAAGUGGGGCCUAUAUUCAACUUUUUUGACUCUCUGACGCGGUCAAAGUGGACUGCGUAGUAUCACAUGGGUAACAGAUAAACAAAAGGUGUACCAAUGGCUAAUUAUCGCAUUUCAAAAUCGUUUGCUUAAUCAUUCACGUUACAUUUUAGUCAAAAAUGGUAUUUGUUAUCAUGUUUCAGCUGGAUCACCCUACCAAACCUAAUAAAUGAACGCAGUGGACUGGGUGUAGUCAGUCUCCCUGGCCGGCGCGUCUUCGUCAUUGGCGGCAGGAACGCUGAGAAACGCUUCUCCGCCGUGGAGUACUGCCAGUUGCCUAACCAGCUGACUGAAGACAUUAACGACGAGAAGUUCUGGAAAGCAGCCGCGCCCCUGUCACAGGCGCGGUCGGGCCACGCGGUGACGGUGUUUCGUGGACAGAUAAUUGUAGCUGGCGGCUACCUGGAAGAGAAUACAGCGACAGCCACAGUCGAACUGUUCAUUCCGCCUUCUGCUGACUCGCCUAAUGGCCAGUGGACCUUCCUCAUUCCUAUGAGUCGUCCACUCGUCUACUUCAGUCUGGUAACCUCAGGGGACCGCAUUUAUGCGUUUGGUAUGCAACCCACAAGCCCCACUCCAGACGGACUUUAAGGCUUCCAAUUAACCAAAUGCGAAUAGGGUCAAAUUUGUUGAUGACAGAGAAUUGUUAACGAUGUCAACAAAUUUGCUGCCCGUUUAUUUGGCCUUGAAAGUUCUUUAGUUACACUAUAAAUGCAGACACUAUGCCUACUAAGCGGAUGAAAAAUGAGAUUUUACUCGAUGGGACAGGAGUUUUGCGCCCUGACCUUUAAACUCUGGGCUUUGAAUGCAACUCUCAAGCAACCACAUUAAUUCGAAGUGGCAUCCCGGCAAAGACGCUCGUCCGGGGUUGGGGUCAAUUAUUUUACUCUUUUUCUACUUAUGAAGUUGGUGAUUCGAUGAGUCAAAGCAGCAUAGGUCAAUCGAAGUAGGUAUAUUCGCGCUGUGAGUACUGGUUAUUUAAAGAAGUCAUGCAGGCGGGCCUUGUGGUCGGCGGAGGGAAACAAUCGGCUUGUGGACGCAACAAGAUAAGUACAAAAUAACGAAGAAGGUAGGGAUGGGUCCACAUGUUUUAAAGCUGGACUAUUAAGGUUAACUUAAGAGAAAAAACGAAGGCUUCAGAGCAUGAUCAAGGGGGUGGCGAUCUACUUCGAAUUGCCACUUCAUGUCAAAUGUUUUCGCAGUAAAGUCUUUCCCAAUGUUACGUUUUGGAUAAUUAAAGGUCAGUUCAAUUGGCAGUUCACGAAUCCUCUUGAGGCGGAUAAAUGGCUUAAGAAGAAUACACCGUUACAUGUCUUGCAUUACGACAAAUCAUUGGAGUCCUUCCUACCGCAUGGGAAUUCGUCCUGUAAGAGGAGGUCUGCUUUUGCACUAGUUUUGAAAAAGAAUAAAACUACAGAGAACAGUUCCAGGAUUUUUAUCUGCAUGUGUGCUUCGUAAAGUUCCCUAGCAAACGAAAUCUCAUAAUUUCAUUGAGUGUUGAUUUUUAUGCAUAACUGUGGCCUUUGACCUUGCUCGGAAGUGUGUGCUCUGUGGUCCCUUUUGAAUUAGACUAUAAGAUAUAAUCAGUUUCGGGAGAAAAAAGCAGUUGUGAUUGAGCACGCACCUUUGUAGUUUGAUAUUUCAAUCUUUUCUGAUUUUCUAGGAAACAAUGAAAAGGUAAUGACAUUCGUUCCUCCCGAACCGCCGGCAGAUGGGGUAAGUCAUCACCUGUUUUGCCUUUUGUUAGAGUGUCUAUGAAGCUCUUUCUGUAUAUAAAAGAUAAACCAAUGUAAGGAAAUCGUAUUCACGGAUAAGAGUAGAAAUGCAAAAGAAGCCUUGCAUUAUACAAAAUGCUAAUUAUAAGGAUCCAAGAAGUUUGAAAUGCCAGGAAUGCUUCUACAUAACAGUGUGGGGCGCAUCUUGUGAGGCACGCCAAGAAUCAAUGAUAUACUACGUUUAAGCAGCCAGUGGACUGUUUAACGUAUAAUCCUGUCUGCCUAUCAAUGGAAGUAAGCAGAUAUUGGAAAAUCGCAAAAAAGUACCUGACUUUUUAUAGCAUUUAAGAACUCUUCAUACGCCAAGGAUGAAAUUCCAAACUUGUUAUUUGGGAAAUUCAAUAAACCUUAAUCUGUUUUCAACUCUUGACUGCCUCCUGAUCCACUCAAUAAAACACGGAUUUAUUUGAGAUUUUGGCAUCCUUUUGACAUAGUAAAAUAAAAAAUCCCUCAUUAGGUGGAUCGCAACAUCCUAAACCGAAUACCGAACUACCUUCCAAUAUACUUUUCUGUCAGUUUCUUUUAUAUUCAGGGCUGUAUCAAACAUACUUCAUUCCUGUCAGUCAUUCUGAGUGUAGCAUAUGAGGCGUCUUUAAAAAUUAUUUAUCCAAAUAGAGCCUUUCUUCAAUCGACAGCUUCAGCCCUCUUAUAUAUAAAUAGGAAACAAAACAUUGUCACAACGAUACGUAGGCAUAUAAAACAAUGAUUGUUGCCGGUAUGCAAUUUAUCAUGCAAGUGCGUGCAACUUGCUGCAGUCCAAAUCGAAAAUGAACAAACAGCGGGAAUACACAUUCGCUGGAGGCAUCCCUGGCACUUGAAAAUCGGCCUUUAUUUGACCUCGCCCUCCUGAGUAGUUGAUAUACUUUCUGCGUUACUUGCAACUUCCAACAAAAAGCAUUUUUUAAUCACUUUUGGAUUCAUUUAUCAAAGUUGUAUUAAAAAAUCGCCAUAAUAACUCACAAAGUGCGUUUUCUGCACCAAAAUUUCCCCUGCUCUCAAGAAAUUCACCGAAAGCUCCAGACCACAGCGGCAGUGAGAGGUAGUUACAUAUCACGAUCAUCCCUGUCAUACUAGUCUGUUUCUUGUAUAGGAGUGCUCAAACGUGAUGCUGGUCGCCAGUAUCUUUUUCGCGAUUCUGAAGACAAAACACCAUUAGUCCCUAAGUUAUGAUUUUUUUCCUGCUCCUAACAUAUUCACAAACUUAAAAACAGUGAAUAAAAUCCGCUUGACUUCCUCUGACGUGUAGAAAGGUAGUGUUAAACAACAAGUGCGGCUGAAUCAUAAAUGGGCAUUUUUCCUGCACAGGGAUAUACACACAAUGUGCAAAUUGAAGAAAAUAUUAAGAUAAGUAACAAGCGAUUCGGCACUUAUUUAUUUGGUCAUCACUUGCUACAAAAAAUUUUAUGUAUUAACAAAGUUGCAAAAUAUCACAUAGCUUGAUUGUACGCGUUGCACUAAACUUCAAAUUAAACAUUCCGCUACAACUUAUUACCCAUUUCAUUCUGACCGUCGUGGGCGACGACGACCCCCGUGUGCCCCACGGAGUCCGCGCAUCACCGGUGACUUGCGCGGGUAGCAGACCUGCGCAGCAUUUACCGCACUCACUUUUCUCUCCCACCUGGCCCCUUUUGAUAGGCAGUUUUAUACGACAGGAAGCCAGGCGCGAAAGUACUGACUAGCAGGACAAAGCAGCCGGCCUAAGAGUGCUACAUCCGGCCUUGCUGCUGAUCCAGUAGGUGGAUUAAUUCAUGAAAUGUUAACCGAGAUUCUAAAAUACGUCUUCGUUUCGAAAAGAUUAUUUAAGCAGGGUUCCAAAAUUAAUCAUCCUGCAGCAUAAUUUUACAAUAAUUCAUUUAUCUCAGGAUGCUGGCUGUCGAACAAACUUCUUUCCGGCGACAUGCAAAAACCAGACUCUGUAGAAAAUGACUAGUAACUUAGCAUGAAUUUUCCUCAUUGACUGUCGAUGCCCUUAAAAAUUCGAUUAUAUUGCAAGGCAAUUAUGCAUUAAAUAUUUAUUCUUUUAAAUUUCGGUAGAAAAGUACCUCCUCCUCCGAUUGUGUAAUCGACAAAAGGGUAUAAUUCAGUUUCCAUAAACUUUUCAAAUUCUCGAAUAAUUUUGAAUUUGACUUGCGUUACACUUGCAUUCAAGGCUUCUGAACUACGAGCCGUACGCUUUCCGCGUACGGAAAACCACAUAUUCGUCUACGUUAUUAAGAGGAGACCAUAUGGGUUUCAUAAAAUUAAGCAGUGGAUUUGAGCCAUACUGAUAACUUCACAAGGAACAUUGCUAAAUGCAGAGACAAGGUGCCUUAUGAACGGACAUUUCAGCAUAUUAGAAAAUUUCAUAAUUAUACAUUUUUUAAAACCAAAUCAUACCCUUCCUUCAUGUACACAAUUGGAAUAAGACGUCAUUUUCUACUGAAUUUGUAAACGAAUGAAUAUUUUAAUGCAUGGUUUCCGUGUACUGUAAUCGAAGUUUUAAGAGCAUCGACAGUCAAUGAGGAAAAUUCAUUCUAAUUAAGUAGUCAUUUUCUGCAGAGUCUGUUUUUUCGCAUGCCGCUGGAAAGAAGUUUGUUCGGCAGACAGCCUCCUGAGAAUUAUGCUUCAGGAUGAUUAAUUUCGGAAACCUACUUUAAUAAUCUUUUCGAAACAAGGACGCAUUUCAGAAUCGCGGUUAACAUUUCAUGAAUUAGCAUACCUACUGUUAGUCCUGACUCUGAGUGCGAAUAGGCCCACAAAGCGGUUAGAAUGGCAAAUUUCGCAAGCGCUGGCGAUGUUUAAUUAAAUAGGCAUAUUCACUUUAAAUACAUUUCUUUCCCUGUGCAUCCACUGAUUCUGAACCUUCAUAUGCCAUCAGUCACAAGGCACUGCAAAGUCCUUACAUGUGCUUCUAAACGGAAGUGGUUACCUAGAUGGGUUGUAAUGGCAAAACUUACACGAGUGAAAUCAGGCUGAUAAAUGCACCGCAAUAUAUUAAUAUUCUUUUCACAAUUUCCCGAAAAGUGGUGCUAUUGUCAUGUGCAGCACAAAAAUUCCUUAAUCAUAUCCACAAUGCUUGUUAAAGCACUGAGAACCCUUGAAAUAUCUUCUCUGAUGAGUUGUUGCUUAAACUAUCUCACUAUGCUGAACACGAGUCUGGGCCUAGAAACCAGCCCGAAGUCGCAGGGGUACAAUUUAGGUGGCUUACAUGACUGCCGCAAAUACCAGAAAUUUUGUCCGGACCGACUUUAAGCUAUGGUUUGCUGGGGUCCAGUAAAUCCUCACGCGCUAGUUGGCGACGUUGUUCCUGCCACCCACUGGUGUUUCAGUUGUAUGUGACUGUGGUCGUCGUCCCAAUCUUCAGACGUAACUACGUCAUCACCGACAAAAACAAAUGUUAAGUCAUCGUUGGGGUUCCGCGCAAUGACGUCUUCGAUCUAAGAGCUUAGGUUUACUUAUUUAUUCUAUCUCGUUUAUUAUUCCAACUCUGAUUGAGGUAUGGAGGCAACCAAAUACCCAAGACAUCUUGUCGAUUUGCGAGAGUAUUUCAUAUAAUUUGCGUUCCCCAUGCCCCCAUCACACAACUUUUCUUAACACUUCUUCUUUUAAGAUGUUUAAUAUUCAGGAUUUUAUUGUGUCAUAUGAGACAGUUUAGACGCAUUCGGACUCCUUACAACUGCCGGAGUUCUUUUAUGCGAAAUGAUGUCAUUUUCCCCCUGACCGAUAGUUAAACUUGACUGCGGGACGGAAUUUAACAUAUUGUUUCCAGCGAUAUGCGCGUCCGUCAUUUAGCAUACUAUUUUCGCAAAUCGCUAAUACGUUUUAAAUAACCAAACGCCUGCUUGUACAUCAAAGUGCCCGGUGUGGCCUGACCAGUAGGAAAAUUUGACUUAUUGAAAGCGGAUAUGGUAACAAUAGUCUACGAAUUUCGACGCAAGCCGGAUCGAUAUAUUAGAAGACAGCUCCCGUUUUGACCACCAACAUACAUUUUAACCGCAUUUUCAUCAAACGAUCAAACAACUCAUGCUGAAAUGGGAUAAUACUAGUUUAUAAUUCUGAUUCUCUAAGUAGCAAUUUAACUAUAAUGCUACUAGUUGACUUAAUGGCAUGCAAAAAUCUCCAAAAAAUUGUUUUGCAUUUUAGGAGAACCAAGACGCUGAGCUGUCUCUGUGGCACUGGAAAGAAUUAAAACAACUUUCGACCAUUGUCAGAGUGCGUGGUGUUGCUACCAUACCGCGCACUUUACUAAAUAUUCAAGGCUGUUAA